AUGGCACAAACCUGGGCUGGUCUACCGACUCCACCGGAUUCACCACGAAGACGACGGCAACAGCUGAGGGAGUCGGAAGAAGUUACAGCUCUUGCGACACAAUCAGCGAAAGUAGAGACAAAAGCCAAAGCUUAUCGCCGUGGUUCUUCUUUGUCUGUGGACGACCACACCAGGUGCGAAGUAAUUCGCUUUGCGCCCAAAGAUAUAGAAGAGACCGUGAUUGACGGGUUGGGGCGGCUCGAGGAACUCAAUGCAGAGUUACUCAAACUUCGACAGGAGAAAUACUACCGCAAGAUGGCUGUCUGCGAGCUCCCGCGCCAUCUUGCUUCUAGCAUCGACCGGUAUGAAGUUUUGGUUACUCCGCAUCAGAAGAAAAUUGACCUGGCGAUGUCCAUGCCGACAACCAUCGGAAAGGUUCUUAUCUCAAGCGGAAACAUGAUUUGGAAUAACCGGGUGAUUGAUUGGGCUUUCGUGAAAAUCGACGAAGGAAUAUCAUUCGAACCGAAUGUCAUGCCCCGUGUUUCGAAAUCCAUCGAAGCAUCCAAUUAUGGUUUCAAAUUCCAAUACGAAUCAGGAGACCCGCUCACGGGGUUCGGUGUGCUUACGGCGGGCGAAUGGUAUUGUAAGGUAGGCAAGGCAACCGGAUUAACGGCAGGCAUCUGCAACGGCACAAAGGUUUCGUGCCAUUGGAAUAACCGAGAUAGGCAGCGCUUCGACUUCCAGGGGAACGCAGGUAUUGUAAGUCCAGAAGUGACGGAGGAGUAUGUUGUUAUUGACCAGCCGAGUGAUCAUGUUCCGAGAGAUUUUGCCCACCCAGGCGACUCUGGAUCGGUCCUCAUUGAUAGGUUUGGUCGCGUCUGCGGCCUCUUAUACGGCGCAACGUACACAUACGCGGGGGUAACUCUGCCGGUAUAUGCCGUCUUGCUAUGA